CCUGUUUUGGCCGAGUUACAAAGAGAUCAAACUAAACUGGAUCUUCUAGGUCGAGCUGUUGUGUGUGUUGCCUGUUUUCAUCAUCUCUUACGACAGUGGAGUAGCUUUGAACGAAGGGGUAUUCCUAUACGAAAACGAGAGUAUAAUAUAAUCACAGGUAUGUUAAAUUAAUUCGUCAUAUUCAUGUACAGAUCAGCCGUCUCGAUCGAAAACAUAGGGGGUUCCCAAAACUUUUCUUGCGAGAUCAUUCGGGUAAUUGUUCCGUUUAUAAGCUCAAUCGCAUCUCUGCAGGACAGUAUUGUUAAAAUCCUAAAAGUGAAACCCAGAAUAGAGUAUUAUUCUCGCGGUGAAUAUAACCUGGCCGUGCUAUACGGUAAUUACAGACCGAAGUACUUAAGUGUUCUGAUAUCAUGCGCAUUUUAUUUGCUUGGGUGCUGAACCAAGUAUGAUUUAAUUUUCAAAAUAAUACAUACACUUGAAUGGUUGUUACAUAAAUAAUUUGACAGAAAGAUAUAAUUCAACUGAAAUGGAGCGUUAAAAACUAAUGAAGCCUUUUUGUUCACGUGGGAAAAACGGACUGAACUUUCAUUGCAAUUUCUUCAACCAUUUUUGGUGUCGCUUAUUUUUUUUUUGUAGUAGUUUCUUUUGAGCGUUUACGGAACAAACGUCUGUAUCCGUGUGUCAAAACAUACAAAAACGUGAUAUAGUUAAAUUAAUGUACACGUUUACGAUUUUCUAUUUACGCUAAGUUUUGUGUCAUGCACUUCAUAUAUCCGUCUUGAGACAUCCGACACGUUAAUUUUGGCAUGUGUCUUGUUUUGCGGUCAAUUAGUUAAAGUGACUUUAAAAAUAUAUCUUUGGAGGCAGGCGCUUUGAAACUUCGCUAAAUCAAUUAAAUGCCAAAAUUUGUGUUUACACAAAAAAGGUGGAUGUACUUAAUUUUCCGUCGGACAUGUGACUGCUGAAUAUGAUUGAAUCUCACGCUCAGUGGUAAAGCAUGCAUGAAAUUAUACGCUGGGAUGACUUAAAAAAAUAGCAGUUACAUAAAAAGUUUUCUCCAACCUUAUUAUCUAACCUAGUAAUAAUAUUUUCUCUUAUAUAAUGACCCGCUCGUCAAAAUUUAAUUUAUGUAAAGUGCUUGCCGUUGCAAAAACGCUUUAAGCCUAUUCUUUACCUAAUUGGACUCUAUGUAAUUAAUCUUAUUUUAUGCAUGAACAAAUGUUAUUUCCGUGUACAAAAAUAUUUCGACUUAAUGAACGCUCGUCCGGAGUAGUUUUUGUUUUUGGUUCAAAAGUUCAAAACCGGUGGUGACAAUUUUAUACCCUUGAUUGCCCGCUGGCCCGGUAAACGCUUAGAAAAACUGGCCAAUUACCUGUUAACCGUGUUUGCUCAUUGGUGUCUCACUAUAUUAGUCAAUCGAUGUUUUCAUUGUUAUUUCGCUCUCGUUUUAUAUUGUUGGACAUAUUUUACAGAACACAUAGCAAGAUUUAUCUCAGCUAUCUCUAGUCCCAUUGUCUACGCAUUUACUGAGUGAAUCAAUGUGGCUUAGAACUCAGAGUGCUUUGCACGGUAAAGCGCCGAUGACGGGAAAAAUAUUGCCAGAGUGGACUGUUUGCCUUUCAGUUUUGCUUACAUAUCAGCUCUUGAUUACGUUUACUAAGUCGCCUCCAGUAGUAUUUUAUUAGACGGAUAUUAUACUUCCGAAACGGGAGAACAAAAUUGUGUCGUUUACAGAGCACUACAAACGUAAUUCUUGGCGUUUAGGUAACCUAUCUUUCUCACUAAGUUCUCCAAACUCAGCCGACAGUGCAAGUUUUUUCUUCCUUCUGUCACCUGGCGUCCAUGGAUAAGUGAAGGGCCAUUCGUUACGUGACAAUGAAUUCAACGUAGGCCGAUAUAACAUUAAGAACUCAGUAGACUACUUGGCUUACUGUAACGUCUAUUCCUCGGUGCGAUAUUUUCUUAAUAUCAGACCGUGUUCUGCUCGCCGUACAUGUCGUGGUUCAUUUCACCACAAUGGAUUUUAUUAAUCUUGAAUCAGCCAGACUCCAAAGACUUGUUUGGAACCGAACUCGGAGGUGGUUGUCCCUCGUUACAAACGCCUCCAGGCCGUUUGACCCGUACAUUCCCUCGGGCAAAUUACCAGCAGUUCCUCGGGAUUUCUCGCAGUGAACAAACUGAAAGUGAACAUAAUGCUACGCUAGGGAAACUGUUGCUGGACGCUUCUCUCCUGUUUUAGGUUUUUCAGGCUAUACCCUUAAACCCUGUAGCUUUUGGAAAACGGGUUUGUAGUCAACCUGCCGCCUUUUUAACAUACUACUUGAGAAUGGGGUUAUACCUCACGAUCGAUCGCCAACACGAAGGAACAUUAAAAACAAACUGUAAACCUUUGCUUCACAGCUCUGUAAAAUUUGUAUGUGAAAUCAAGAAGUUUCCUCGAUGCAUUCCAGAGAAAACAGAUAUUUUGUAAGUACGUAUUUGUACUUGCUUCCUUGUAGAGACUGGCAAACUUUGCCGAGCGACAUUAGAAGCAGGAUAUAGAUUUUUCUCGUAAUGAGUUAGUAAGCCUCGCUCCCAUGUAAUGGAAUCCAAGACAGUCUUGAAUUCAGGAUUCCGUGCCUUGGAUUCAGGAUUCCAAGUACUGGAUUCCAGUCUUUGUAAGUGGAACUUGGAUUCUGGAUUCCAAUCGUUAGUGGAAUUCCGGAUUCCGCGACCUGUAUCCCGGAUUCCAAUGCCAAGAUUCCCCAAGCAAAAAUUUCCUGCAUUCCGGAAUCCAAAUUUCCUUACAAGGGGCGAUAAGCCGUUAACCACCGUUCUAUUAAAGGUUAUCACAAUGGCGGAGGCAGCUGAAGCUCGAAGCAAUUGAUGUUUUCUUUAGCAAGAUGUGACUAUAUGUUGACGAUUUCAAACUUGUCCAUAUUUUUUACUUAGAUAUAUAUUUAUGAUAACUAAAAUCUGCAGCUUAUCUUUUCGACUAAUGCCUUUAAGAAUGACCGGGUUAUUUUAUAAAAUUCUUAAAUGGAAAAAGUCACCCUCAGUUUGUAGUUCUAAGUAAACUUCUAUAUUUGAUCUUGGCAUUCAGUUGUUGCGUUCUUUUAUUUCAUGCUCAUUGUUUUGAAAACAUAUCUGGCAAUUAUUUAAUCCAUUCAGCAAGUACAAACAGCUAUUUUGUGUCAUGUUCUAUUUUCGUUAAGUUAAAAUGAAGAUCUUUCUUGAAAUUUUGUUUUGCUGCGUUAAGUUUACACAGAUCACUCCAGUUUGGUCAAACUUUGAAUUUUCCACAACUCUAACGUUCGAAGAAAAUGAUUUAUUCAUUAAACAAAUUAACUUCGGGAGUAUAAUCAUGUUAUUAUUGGCCAAUGUCGGGUCAGAUAAUUGCUCAAAGAUAUUUACGAAGUCCGGAACAUAUUGCGCCAUGCAAAUGAUUCUUGGUAUUUCCUAGGCGUACUGUGAUAAACAAUGGUGUUUUGACUUGUAUUGUGUUUGCCAACUCUUUGCAUUCGUUCAGUUCGUGCUGUCUUUGUAUCGGUUAUUAGACCCUGGCAGAUGUUUCAAAUGUUUUGGGGCUCAUUCGCAAUUUCGAGGGCAGUUUGUCAUAUUCUAAAUCGUAAGUGAAGCCUUGAGAUUCAUGCAGUUGGCCAACCUUUCACACUUAUGAACGGCUUAUGUCGUAGAUGGCAAGUAUAGAUGUGUCCUAAGUGUGUUAAGCACCUAGAUUUAAAGUAUCGCAUAAGGAUCCUAGCAAAGGUGAAAACAUCAAACUGUCUAAGAAAAUAACCGUUUGUCUUCAACUUAAUAAUUCACACAGAUUCUAAAGUCGUUCUUUGACUUCUUUUCCACCUCUCUGCGGAGAAAAUUGCAUUCGUAGCUUUGUUUCUUGUUAGUCAACUAUUGGAUUUUCUUUUCCACAAGCAGUGACGAUUGAGGAUUACAGUACAAUCGGGUUCUGCACAGGUGCUGUAUUUCCGCAAAUACAUCAUUUUAAUUACAAGCUCUGAAAUUCCUUAUGUAUGGAGUUGUAUGGAUAUAUUAGAUCAGUUGACAAAAAAUGACUUAGAAAAUUCACAAAAACGGGCUUGUUUUGCUAGGAGAAUUCUCCAAAUACAGUAGUCUCGUAUAUUAGCAUAUAUUUUAAGAGAGAAAAUCGCUAUUGUUUACUUUUUAACGCUCAAAGUGGCGGUUUUUAUUAUCGCAUCAAGCAAAUGGAAAUGCCGAGGAUUUUUUUCCUUGAAAGUUACUCAAAAAAGUUACAAAUUACCUCAAGUUUUAUCUCUGAAGUUGAAAUGCGGUUUUAGUGUUACUUGGGGUAUGUAGCGUGCAGCAAUACCUUAGAGCGAACUUGUUCAUCACAUGAGGCGUUAUUUAUAAUUUAUUUCAUGUUUUAAGGGCGUCUACGUCUUUACUACGGUAACAUUAAGAAUGUGGUGCUACUGAAAGUUAUGACGAGUUCGACACAAACUGAUUUUUAAGGAAGUGUCAUGACUUAAAAGGUCCAUUGGAGAAGUUGUGGACUUUAAAUGAAAUAACAAAACGAAGACAACAAACCAAAUUAUAUCCCACCCUCCUAUGGUGGUUUAUCAAGUUCAAUGUAACAAAAAGAAAAGUAUUGUAACCAGAAUAAUAUAAGAAGGAAAUUGUUUCUAUUCUUAGCUCAGAUCUAUACCAUUUUCAAGAAGGGCAGUUUUUUGUCGAACGUGUAGCAUUGUAAUUGCGUGAACUGACAAGCCCACAUGAACAAAUUCCUGACUCGAAAGGUCGCAUAAUUUACUAUUUCUGAAGGUUAAAACUCAGUUAAAGCCACGCAUGGGACGCUAUACGUAGUAAAUCGUUUUGUAUUGUCAAUAAUGUGAUUAAAUGACUGCACGGUAAGAGUUCAGAAUAACAUGAAAACAGCACCACAGGAAAGUACUACUCUAUAGAUUCAAUUUCAAUGUCAGACUUGAGAAUUUAUCAUUAGGCUCAUAAAAUGCUAUAUAACCCAACGUGCGCGGUGAAAACGCUGUAGCAAAGUCAACAAGUUCUGUUGCUCAGUAGCUUCUAUUUCAAAUGUCACGUUUAAGGAUUUCAUAGUCUCAAAAAGUCUCAUUAAACAGUGCUACAAGGGAGUGUUGAUCGGAAUGGUUCAAUUGAAAAGUCACAGUUUUGGAGGAGUCUGAAAAUUACUGUUUCACUCCUUUUACAGUAAAAUUUGUUCGAACAAUUAAUUUUUAGGGUUUUAUCGGCAUUGAAGCAAUAUGGCCUCCUGAUAUUUAAAAGUAUCAGAAUGCAAAUUGGCCUUCGUCUUCAAAUAGGACGUUACGUGCAGGAAACUUUUCUGGCCAUGCUCUUUAAAUAACACCCCAGUUUAUUACAUCUUAGAGGCCUUAAUUUUAAUGUAAAUUUAUUAAUUUGUGCGCAUUGUAACUCAAUCAUUUCAGACGAUCGUGUUAGUAACUACCAGGUUCGCAGAGAAGACGAAAUACGCAAAGAGGCGGAACAAAAAAUAAAGGAAGUCCAAGAUCGU